AGUUGGCGAACGACUGCGGACGGCGCAGGAUCUAGACGCUCGCUAGGCGGUUUACGCUCGAUCGUUUCGGUCGCUCGCUUCGUGUGAUUUUCGAAAAACGUUUACGUCCGCCGCCUCUCCUUUCAACGUAUCAGGAAGCGCAAAACGAAAAUUUCCCGCCAAGAAAAAGUAACAAAUUUUCGCCAAGUUCAGAAAUCAAGUGAAGUUCAAGAUUGAGGAUAGUAAAAGAAAAAGUUGGUGAGAUUUAUUUACAGAUCCGUCCUGGUUGCAGGAUCGAGGCAGGACUCGCGCGGUGAGAAAAAUACUCGGUGUCCGGUUUCGAGUGACGGUUCGGUUUUUUAAGUUGCAAGUUUCGAGAAAUGUAUCGUGAUUUCUGUGACAUCGUGUUUGUGAAUCAGUGAGAUGUCGUAUGUCGGGGAUGACAAGUAGAUGUUGUGAUCGUUCGUGAGUGAUUCCUGUGUUCCUCGUUGAAUUAAAAGGCAGCAGAGUCGAAUAAUCGAUUUGUAAAAUCUAUUUGCAAAUUUGAUUCAGAGGAGAAAAAGUAUCCGUGGAGAAUUUCAGAGAAAGGAUUGGAAUCAGAAGGACCGGCCGAGAGACCACGUGCUCGGGAACCGGUGAUGCGACGCCAGUGACGAAGCGGCUCGACCCUAAGGUUUAUUAAGGAGGUUCCUCUGAUAAGGAUGAGGAAGCAGGAUACGAAAUCCUCCUGGCGGGCUAAGCUCUGCUGACGCCACGACGAGACGCGCGUCUCGGGUCCGAUUGGUUUUCUCCCAGCAGGACCGAGGGCUUCUACGAGAGACGAGGAACAUCCGCGAAAGUGUCUCGGUGUUUGGAAAAGUGUUUUUCGCGGACCGGUGGGCAAUCCGUAGCCUUCCUCCGUCUCCGUCGGUGAUCGUUUAGCCCUCAAGUGAAACAGCACAAAAAGUGAAGAAAGAUAGAUAAAAGAGUGCUCCGAGAAAGUAGUUUAGUGAAGGAAGUGAGGCUGUAAGUCGAUUUCACUCAGUGGGAAAAUAUAGCCGCUACGGUGGCUCAGCACGCAGAGUUCCCCGGCGCGGCCAGGGUGUUCAUGUCUCAGCCAAGGUAUGACGAUGGCCUGCACGGGGGCUACCUUGAAGGUGGCGGUGGUGGGGGUGGAGCAGGGCUGUACCACCCGGAUCCACACAGUAGUGCCCGGGGUGUGCCGGGCCUCCACCAUGGUUCACAUUUGGGGGCCAUGGGACCAGCCCACCCCCAGUAUCCACCACCUCCACCCCAACCCCCGCACAACGUACUUGCGGCGGUGGCAUCAUCGGCGGCGAUACCGGACGUUCACAAGCGAGACAAAGACGCCAUCUAUGGGCACCCUUUGUUCCCGCUACUCGCCCUAAUUUUUGAAAAGUGCGAGUUGGCGACGUGCACACCCCGAGAACCUGGAGUCGCGGGUGGUGAUGUUUGUUCGUCCGAAAGUUUUAACGAGGAUAUCGCCGUCUUCUCCAAACAGAUCAGACAAGAGAAGCCUUACUACAUAGCAGACCCGGAGGUGGAUUCUUUGAUGGUACAAGCAAUCCAAGUCCUCCGGUUUCACCUCCUCGAGCUUGAAAAGGUUCACGAGUUGUGCGACAACUUCUGCCACCGAUACAUCAGCUGCUUAAAAGGAAAGAUGCCAAUCGAUCUGGUGAUCGAUGACCGGGACAGUACGAAACCUCCCGACAUGGGUAACGGUUUGGAUGCUGGUGGACCCAGGAGUACAGCUGACAGCGCGAGCCAUACCGACGGAGCCAGCACGCCGGACGUCAGGCCACCCUCUUCGUCCCUUUCUUACCCCGGUGCGGGCGGCAACGACGAUGCCCGCAGUCCCGGAAGUGGUGGUACACCCGGACCCCUCAGUCAACAAGCCCCAACUAGUUUGGACUCUUCUGAUCCUGAUGCCAUGGGUAAGUCAUCAUUUCACUCACCGGAACCGAAGUUAAUGGCAUCAAACGGAAAGUGGUGUCCACGUAGAGAAUGGAGUUCGCCGCCAGACGCGCAAAGAGCAGCAAGCGACGCUGCGCGUCGUGGUGUUCUUUACUCCUCCGUCUUCCUCGGCAGUCCAGGUGAUGCAAGUAAUGCAAGUAUCGGUAGUGGUGAAGGUACGGGAGAAGAAGACGAUGACUCGUCGGGUAAGAAGAACCAAAAGAAGAGGGGCAUCUUCCCCAAGGUCGCGACAAAUAUCCUCAGGGCGUGGCUGUUUCAACACCUAACGCAUCCGUAUCCCUCGGAAGACCAGAAAAAGCAGCUAGCACAGGACACGGGGCUAACGAUCCUGCAAGUUAACAACUGGUUCAUUAAUGCGAGGCGUAGAAUCGUUCAACCAAUGAUCGACCAGAGCAAUAGAGCCGUGUUUCCGCCAUUGUCUGCAGGUCCAAGCGGUGCUUAUAGUCCGGAAACGACGAUGGGUUACAUGAUGGACGGACAAGCGGCCAGUAUGAUGCACCGGCCGCCUGGUGAUCCAACCUUCCACAAUCAGUACCACUAUCCACCUGAAUAUUAUGGUCAUCACUUAUAAAGCUGGAUGCUGAAAUAGGUCGACGAAAACGGCAAUGUGCGACGACCCAGGGAAAGGGGAAAAACGGGAUGAAACCUGGCUGGCAAGCCUCCGACCCGUACUUCGACGUCGCGCGCGGCCAUUCUGAACACCGCAAGUGGAGGUGCCGACGAUUCUUGCCGCGUGAACGCCCGAUUUCGAGAAUGUCAAUCCUAAUUGAAAAAUGGAGAAAGAAAAAGACGAACAAACACGGAAAGUAAGCUAGCUAGUCGCAAAGAAAGCAAGGAAGUAUAGUAGAACGAGAGAAUCGCAGAAGUCAUGAGCCACGAAAACUGGACACCAAGAGGGAUGAACCAUGAACAAAAGUAAACCAUAUCGUCAAUGGUUACCCGAAGGAACCACCAUCCCUAGAAAAUUCAGCCGUAAGUGACGUGAACAUACGGAAAAGUCAGGA